GCUUGGACGGGGAAAGUGCGCAUCAAGGGCCUCGCGUCUCAGCUGACGACCAACAGCGGCACCACCCGACUAGAACUCGAAAACCAGCACAUCACAGCGGAGGUCUGCCAGGCACUCGCAGAUGGCUUGAAGUCCAACUGUACGGUCACCCGCGUGAACCUCGAUCAGAACGAUAUCAGAAACCAGGGCGCCAAGGCGGCACUGGCAGAUGCCUUGAAGUCCAACUGUACGGUCACCCACGUCAACCUCGAUGGCAACCUGAUCAGAGACGAGGGCGCCAAGGCACUGGCAGACGCCUUGCAGUCCAACAGUACAGUCACCCAC